CUGGGGCUCAGUAUGUACAACCGGCCGGACAGAAAGCAGAGAAUUAUACGUACAAUCUGUCAAAAUUUGCCAUACUGGCCCAUACGUUUGAAUAUUAGUAACCUGUAAUUAUUCCGAUAUCAGUUGCUAGUAUGUACCAACAUACGUGUCCCGUCAGUAAAAUCAGCUUAGUCAUAGCAUAACUAAAGAAGAGAUAGAUAAUAUUUAAGUACGUUGGUGAAAUCAAGUUAUGUUACUAAUCCUAACCUAAGUGGUUAAUAUGUACAUAAGGACAUGGAAUUUUCCACGAAUUAAGUCUACGUCUUCAUUUGGAUUACCUUUCUUGUCAGAAUGGUCUUGAAGUUUGUGGUGGUGACAGUUCACGCACAUAUUAAGUAGCUUGUCGCAAACAUUUGAAAACGACAUGGUUCUUAAAUCUGAAAACAAUGGAGGCAACAAUGAAGUUGAGAAUGGGGCAGAAAUGUCCGAGUUGGAUAAAAUGCUUCCCGGUGGUGAGGAAGAGAAUAUCGGAAAAAUCGUGAAAUCCUUGGACCCCGAAACAUCCAAAGUAUCACUCCCAUACCCGAAAGGCGUCGCUUUUAUAGCACUGACCGAAUUGGCUGCAAGAUUCGCGUAUUACGGGAGUCGCGCAGUCCUGACGAUUUACAUGCGAAAUGUUCUCUCCUUCUCGGAAGACUUGACUACCACGAUUUACCACGCUUUCCUCAUGUUGUGUUACACCCUCCCGGUUAUUUGGGGCGUGGUGGCGGACUCGUUUCUGGGCAUGUAUAAAACUCUGUGGAUCGUUAACUUGCUAUUUCUCGUGGGAAGUGUGGGGUUAACGGCGGGAUCGUUUCCGGGACUAAUGUUGCCACCAGUUGAAGUCACCAUUCUCAGCUUAAUCUUAAUGGCGGUCGGAACUGGAGGAAUGAAACCUUGUUUGGCCCCAUUUGGCGGAGAACAAUUCACAUUACCACAACAGGCUCUCCGACUGCAGCAAUUUUUCUCCAUAUUUUUCGUCGCCACGACAAUCGGGAAUAUGCUGUCGACCGUGGUAACCCCCGUGUUGCGAAAGGACGUGUCCUGCCUCGGGAGAGAGACUUGCUACCCGUUGGCGUUUAGCGUGCCUUGUGUAAUGAUGCUCUUUGCAGUCGUAAUAUUCUUGGCUGGUAAACCAUUUUACAAACGAAGAAAACCGGAAGGAAACAUGCUGGUGAAAGUGGUCAUGUGCAUGAAGCACGCAAUCGGAACUCGGUGGAAAUCCAGCUCGCCAAAAAAGGCCCACUGGUUGGACCACGCUGAAGGAAAGUUUGACCCUCAACUAAUCCAGGACUUGAAGGGGUUGUUGGGGCUGUUAAUUUAUUACGCGCCGUUCCCCAUGUUCUACGCCCUCUUGGAACAAUUAGGAUCUAGAUGGACGCUCCAAGCUACCAAAAUGUGGGGGAGAGUUGGACACAAUUUCUACAUUAAACCAGAUCAAAUGCAGGUCAGCAACGCCAUCUUCAUGUUCCUCUUCACCCCAAUUUUUGAAGGGAUUCUGUACCCAGUCCUCGCAAAGGUAGGGCUUCUUAAGAGACCCUUACAAAGAAUUGGAUUAGGCCUAUUUCUCGCAGGAAUGGCAUUCGUAGCGGCUGGAUUGGUCGAACUGCGAAUUCAGAAUAACCAACCAGCAAUCCUCUCAGUACCGGAAGAUUCCCACGCCUUGAAUCUAAUCAACACGCUUCCUCCUGCUUGUCCAAUACAAAUUAGAGCGUCCUGGAGAAAAUCGGACGGAACUGAAGCCGUGAAAUUGGUCUCAUUUGAAGAAAAUAGUCCCCCCACAAAGAUUAUUUUGUUAGAAGACGAACAUGUCCGGCAAAUCGUACUGGAAGCUCAAAUUACUGAAAUACCUGAACAUAACGAAUGCCCAAUUUUGAAGACUGACGCGAUCUCUCAAAGAAUCGAGUCCCUGAGUGCCUUACAAGAAAUAUUUAUUCUGCUGGACGAUACCGGAUUGUCGCUAACUUUGGUUGUAAAUAAGGAACCCCGGAAUUCUCUAGCUCAAUCGAGGGAGGGAAAUUCGAAAAUUCAACUUGUCUUACUGACUGAUCGAGCGUACCUGAACGAAUCGAAUCUCAUCCUGGAAUCUGACCAAGGUGCACAUCGAGCUUAUAUUUUCUCCUUUGAAGGAGAGACUGGAGAACAAAAAGAGACUGAGGUUACGAUGGCCUAUUCAAAUAUUUUAGAAGUCCCGCCAGGAAGAUUUUCACUUUUGGUCGGAGACAAAUCCAAAUUUGACGUAAAUCUUGCUCCUGGAGCGAUCUACUCUUUACUACUUGACCGGCGAGAAACAACUACAAGUUCUAAAUUCAACCUGAUUCCAAUCGUUGCUGGGAACGAGGUUCACAUUCUGUGGCAAAUUCCUCAAUACGUUUUAAUGGCGUGGGCUCAGAUUUUAUUUAUCGUUUCGGGAAUGGAGUUUUCCUACACGCAGGCGCCGGGAAGUAUGAAAAGUGUUCUGGCAGCUUUGUGGAACUUGAUGAACUCUUUUGGCAAUGUGAUUGUAAUCCUGUCCGUAUCGGUGCAUUCUGGCGGGCAUUAUUCACAGGCAAUGGAUUACUUCCAAUUUGCUGGGAUGAUGGGAGUCAAUGUCAUAUUCUUCACUAUACUUGCCGUUAGAUACAAAUAUGUUGAACAUUGAAAAAUUUGGGAGGUUAAUAAAGAAAUGAUAUCAAUUAUUUAAUA